AUGACCGCGCCCAACACUCCCGUUAUUGCAUGCCCGAAGCCGUACCUCGAACAACGAGAAGGUGUUCAAAGUACAAAGAUCUCGCCCACAGACCAACAGACUGCGUCAACUUCCCAUAACAUGGUUGAAGAUCCUCAGAUUUACAAACCCAAAGUGGUCCGCGUUUUCGAACCAUCGACAAAUGGGGUCCAGUACGUCAUGUUGGAUAAUGGGCACUGGUACAAGUUGAAGUAUGUGUCGAAGGUCCACCACCUGAACGGUCAGCAACAUGCCGAAGCCGUUGACUUGAGUAACGCGCCAGUCAUUGAUUCGGUGGAGGGUAAGCAGAAACAGGCAGAGUUAAUUCGCAGGUGCCUUACUUGCUCAACAUCUUUAUCCAAAGCCAACACCCUCGAAGACUACAACCGAGAGGUCAAAAAGGUUCUUGCAAGGCUGAAGGAGAUGGAAAAGCAAGUUGCAAAGAUUCUCAAUCUUCCAGAAGGUAAGGAGGACCAAAAGGGCCAAGCCAGCGAGGAUGGAAGGGGGCGCAUUAAGGCUGAAAAGAUCAAUGGUGACAAGAAGAUCAAAAAGGGCAAAUCGCACCGGAAGAGGCCCGAGGAAAUAAAGUGGCAUGAACAUCAGUUCGUCGCAAGGAAUGGUCUGCUGAGUGCCUGGGGCAAUAACGACAAAAGGAGAGGACACAAGAUACGGCAUCGCUGCACAUGGAUUCCGGUGCCGGAGGAGAGGCCUAUCGAGCAGCUUUCGGGGAACGUGUCAGUCCCAGGCCUGGUCUUGACGAGUGCAGAGGGUGACAACUUUUCUUUGCACGACCCCGCCGAGUUGUGA